AAAUCCAAAUCCGGAUUAAAGUAAUUCGAAAUAAAACUUGCACGACAAAUCCGAACAAAUCCAGUUCGGUCACGGUAGACCGCCGGGAUUGAUAAUGAACAUCCGACCGAAUUGAUUGAAGACUCCUUGGACAAAAUGGGUCUGGAAAAUUCUCCGAAUUUUGCGGCAUGGGAGAAACAACGACCCACUAGUUUUGGAGGUAAUCUUACGGUUGUUGACACGAUUCUUCCGGAUAUGCUGCACCUGGUCGACACUUAUUGGUACCAAUACGCACCCUUAGAUCCAUUUUGGCACCGCGUUCUGGCACUCGUUAUUGCAAUUUUGGGUUUUAUAUCUAUAACAGGCAAUUCUAUGGUGAUCUACAUUUUUAUAACGACAAAAUCAUUGAGAACGCCUUCAAACAUGUUGGUGGUCAACUUGGCCCUUUCGGAUUUCUUACUCAUGGUCACAAUGGCACCAGUGAUGGUAUUCAAUUGUUAUUUUGAGACUUGGGUUUUAGGUCCGGCGUUUUGUCAAGUUUACGGCAUGUUGGGUUCGCUGUUUGGUUGCGGCUCUAUUUGGACCAUGACGUUUAUUGCCAUGGACCGUUACAAUGUCAUAGUUAACGGUCUGAGUGCCGUUCCUUUGACCAAAAAAUCGGUGGCGGUUCAUAUAAUGGCGAUUUGGGGUAUGUCUUUGGUAUGGACUUUGGCGCCGUUUUUUGGAUGGAACAGAUACGUUCCAGAAGGAAACAUGACAGCCUGUGGCACCGAUUAUCUUUCCCAAGACCUUUCAAGCGUUAGCUAUAUAAUAGCUUAUACAAUUUUUGUUUAUUGUAUGCCUCUAUGCAUAAUAAUUUACGCUUACUGGUUCAUCGUGAGGGCCGUGUCCAACCACGAAAAAUCGAUGCGAAAGCAAGCGAAAAAAAUGAACGUCACCUCGCUGAGGACCGCGGACGCCGACAAACAAAGCGUCGAAUUCAAAUUGGCCAAAAUCACAAUGAUUACGAUCUUUUUGUGGUUCGUUGCCUGGACGCCGUACGCGGUUACUAACAUUUCUGGAAUCACUGGGAAAUCGCAAAUAUCGCCUCUGGCUACGAUUUGGGCUUCGGUUUUCGCUAAGGCCGGCGCCGCCUACAAUCCCAUCGUUUACGGAAUAAGUCAUCCAAAAUACCGACAAGUUUUACACAAGAAAAUUCCAUGUUUGGGGAGUGCGGCUUCGGCCCCAACAACAGAAGAUUCGAUAUCUCAAGUUUCCGCCUGUACAAACGGUUCCGACAGCAAACCAGCUGCAUAAACGAAUUGACUACAUAAAUUAUAUUAUAUUGUAUUUUAAUUAAUAAACCCUGCAAGUGCAUUUUAAAUAAGGCAAAUUGCCAUAUUUACCUGGUCUUUAUUCAUCCCCUGAGGCUGGAACCCAAAUAAAUC